AUGGCUCCCUUUCGCAAUUUCCUCGGGCGGAAGAACCAGCCUCUGACACCUACCUUGGAGGUCACGGACGACACUCACCUGACCCGGAAUGCCCAUCCCUCGCUGGUUCCCAUCGCAUCGCGGAAGAGUACGGACAGUCAACACCCACCCGAGUAUAAAUUGAGUGUCGUCAACGACAGCGGAGUCUACUUGCCGCCAUCCCCACCAGAGAAGUCAAGUUUCUGGGGACGCGUUCCCGGGUCGUCGCGUACUGAAAACCACCGGGACCUGGUGAAUGAGAACGAACCAUUCUCCAUUUCUCGCGAAUCUUUCGAUUCGUAUCGCCGCUCAUUUGACAUUUCUGCGCGGUCUCCAGUAUACUAUGCAGACGCCGCUCCCUCGCGGUCCUCCCUCGAUUCCCGCUUUUCCCGCCCUUCCUUGCAAUCGGGCAGUUUUGAGCGGCCGGAGCGCAUGGAGGAGGAGUCAGGCUUCGAAGAAGUAGGUCUUCAUGAUGAGCCGAAGCCGAAGAAACGGAGCCUGUUCUCCCGCUUCAAUGACUCUUCCAACGACUCGCAACCUCCAACGCCCAAGUCGUCAACCUCGUUCGGCUUCCAUAUGCCCGGUCGCAAGCGUGGGCAAAGUGGAACCGCCGCGGAGUUGGGUUCGGUGAAGACACCCACGUCGACCGUCACGCCUGCUCUGCAAAAUGCCGAGUGA